GCCACCAGGACUGUGUCCGGAGCUGCCGGUUCUCCUGGGACAGCCAGCGCCUCGCCACGGGAGAUGACAACGGAGAGAUUCGGAAGAGGGCGAGAUGAAAGGAUGGAGGCAGGGCUCCUCCUCCUCCGCCUGGGGAGCGAGAGAUUGAGGAGGUGCAGGUUGUGUGAGGAUGUCUGGAUGAAGAGAGCAGGAAGAGGAGGAGAUGUCUGACAGUGGGAGGUGAAGGAGAGAGGACUCCGGCUGCCAAACAUGGACCCAAGAGGCUUCGGAAAUCUACAGUAAAUGAAAAGUGUGGCUGUGUGAGAGGAAGAUUCUUCAUCCUGCAGCCAACGAGGGGUUAACGCCCUGUGGUGGCCUCAGCUGCUCUGCCCCAUUAUCCAGGAAUGGACGACUCCAUCAUAUCCAAUUACAUAAAGCACACUGAAAUCUCACCCCUGUUUCUAUGGAAACAAAUCUCUGGAGUAUCAAAGACGGCUCUCUGCUGAGGAUCUGUUCCCGGGACGGUAAGGACGCCAUGGACUCUCUGCACGGAGGCUGGGUGACCGACCUGCACUUCUCCCCUGACAACUCUCUACUGGUCUCCACUGGCGGAUACAUCAAGUGGUGGGACGUGGAGAAAGGCAAGGCUCUGCAGACCUUCUUUCCGAGGGGAACAGCGCUGAAGAGGAUCCACGUCUCCUCCGACUUCUCCACCUUCGUCACCAUCGACAGCAUCGGCAUCCUCUACAUCCUUCAAAGGGUGGUGUGACACUGCUUCAAUGGACCAAAAAAAGAAAGGAACAUAACACUACAAACACCACAUUUACCAUGCCUAUACACUUUCAGGGGGCUAAACUGAGGGGGCUAGAACCACACACUUCUCAGAUGCUACGUUUACAUUUUUCCACUGCAUUUUUUCUUCGGUAUUUCAAUGGAGCAAUACAGGUUCACAUCGGCCUCUGCUAACUUGACUUUACCAAUUUACAACAGCUUAGAAUCAAACUGCUUCAGCGAAAAUACACUGUUGGGAGUGUAGGUGCACCAUGAAAGCUCAGACAGUCUUCAGAUUCCUACUCUACACAAAUACAGCGGGUACAAAUACAAAAAAAUUGAGCACAAGGAAAAGUGAAUUGAAAAGCAGCAUGUAGCGUUUGUGACGAUCAGGUCUUUUCGAACAGAUCUUUUAUAUCAUCAAUGUCUAAUGAUAAUCAAGAGUUGAAGAUACGUGAUCCUUCCAUCAAUGUGAAUAAUACAUGUAAAUCCAUAGUGCUUUAAGGCUGAACAUAACUUCAUGUCAUUUGAGAGAUUUUUAUGCUUCGCUGUAUGUGAUCGUUAUAAGCUAUGUCAUUAAGUUCAUUUGAGUCGUUAACGCUGUGAUGUUUUUGACCUUUUCACUUUACUAUACACCGUUUUGGGCAUUUUAUCUACUUGCUUUAGUCUGAAUAUGAAAAGUGUAGGUACUGUUGGGUAUGUGCGUUUUGUGUACAUGGGUUUUGCCUUCUCAAUCCACCAGCAUCAAUAAAACUUCCGGUGCACUUUGAUAAGCAUUAAACAUUUAUAGUUAGAUAAAGUUUUAAUGAUCAGGCAUUUUCAACUGAAGUCUGUAAGUCCAUUUGUACAUCAGAACUUUUUUUUACUUUUAAACUUAAAUCAGAAAAAUGCAGCAUGUGAUUUAUUAUUUAUAAUCAAUUUUCACACUGAUGUUAAAAGCCGCAUUUUGUGCUUUAUCAAUUGCUGAAUGUUUAGUUUUAUACUGGUGAUUUGUAACUCUAUACCACUUUCUUCACACAUCUUUAUCUGCAUUUUGUCCAACUACUGAGCCUUUCCUGUUGUGAGCACUUUGAAGCAGGAGUUACAAUCUUAAAUGAGGCUUUUACUCAUGUGGCUUUGUUCAGGCAAAUCAAAAAUGAAUCCUUACUUUGAUUUGGCAAUAAGGAUGAGUGUGUGACAGAGGAAAGUGUCCAUUGACAUGCUGUAAACUAUCAAACGUAUUCAUUUCUGUAUGGAUGAUACAGACUGGGGGUCCAGUAGGAGUUGUAAGCAUAUAAA